AUGAGCCAGAAAGUCCGACUUUUGCUGGGGAAACCCAUGGCGACAGCACCGGUAUUCUUGCUGCCACUCGGCGAUUCCUUUAGGAGCUUCGAGGAAGGUUUCAGGGGACAGAAAUGGAUCGACUUCACAAGGGACCAUGCCGAGAUCCCCGUUUUUGCAGUCUGCGCAUAUUUCGCUCUUGUCUUCUACGUUCCGGGGUUGCUGAAAGAUCGCUCGGCGUUCCAGCUCCGCCAGCUCUUUGCAGCAUGGAAUCUUCUGCUCUCCGUGUUCAGUCUGAUGGGAUCUGUCCGAACAGUCCCCCACCUCAUCUACUACUUGAGAAGGGACGGGUUCAAGGCUACGGUGUGCAGGGACCCACAAGAAUGGUAUCUCGAUGGGCCGGCUGGCCUGUGGGUGGGGUUGUUCAUCUUUUCUAAGAUCCCAGAACUGUUGGAUACUGCAUUUCUGGUGCUUCAGAAGAAGAGGGUCAUUUUUCUCCAUUGGUUCCAUCACGUAACUGUCAUGCUCUACUGCUGGCACGCUUUCCACAACAAGGUUGCUCCCGGGCUCUGGUUUGCAAGCAUGAACUACCUGGUACACUCAGUGAUGUACACGUACUACUUCGCCAUGGCAGCCAGGCUAAGUUGGUUGGCGACUCCGUUUGCGCCCAUGAUCACGUCAAUCCAGAUCACGCAGAUGGCCGUGGGAAGCUACGUUACCCUCACAUCGGCCAUGGAGCACUUACAGGGGGGGGCUGCAGCCUGCUACGUAGACGCUGCAAACUACAAGCUCGGCUUCGCCAUGUACGCGUCUUAUUUCGUGCUCUUCUCGUUCCUGUUCUACGAGAAGUACUUCGACCGCAACUCUAGGAGCAGUCAGCAGAAGAGCGAGAAGAUCUGUGGGGUGGACAUUGGGUCCAGAGGAGCUGUGGACACAGCGGGAAGGUUCGAAGACUUCUCGAGGGGAAGUGCAUCGCCUAGCACGAGUGGGAAUGCGAGUCCGUUGUGGACUGCUUCGAGUAUUGCUCAGGUGGUCGACGGGAAGAAGAAAACAAAAUAG